GUUUCCACCAGCAGUUAUGGUAACUUGGCUGGCUGUGAGCGGGUGGUUACACGAAAACACACGGCUCGUUGAAAGUUUGUUGCAGCGAAGGUGAAACUGGGGAACCCGGAGCCACACGUUGAGCGGGAUAUACCUAAAUAGCAAGCCGACGAGAGCAACCUGUUACCCGUUUGCUUGCCUGCCUUUCUCGCUCCCCAAAAUGUUGCUCUGUGGAUGGGAUGGCGUCUCGUCUGCGCACUCGUAGCCCCACCGGAGAAGCAACUUUAGCCACCCGAGUGUCUUCUUUUUACCGCUUCUGUUCUUCGGGAAGAUGCAUGUGUCGCUAGCAGAAGCCUUGGAGGUCCGAGGAGGUCCACUCCAGGAGGAGGAGGUCUGGGCGGUGCUGAGCCAGAGUGCAGAGAGCCUCCAGGAGCUCUUUCACAAAGACCCCUCAGCAAUGGGCUUCAUCAUCUCCCCUUGGUCCCUCCUGCUCAUGCCCUCAGGCAACAUCUCCUUCACAGAUGAGUAUUUCACCCAGCAGGACCUGAGAGCCUUCACAGCCCCUGAAGUCCUGGAGGGGAGCAACCUGCCUUCUGUCUCCGACAUAGAGAAGAUGCACAUGUACUCUUUGGGGAUGACCCUCUUUUGGGGAGCUGACUACGAGAUCCCCCAAACCCAGCCCAUGAAGUUGGGGGAACACCUAAACAGCCUGCUCCUCAACAUGUGCGACGAUAUUACACUGAGUCGAAUGUCGCUGCGCACGGUGCUGGACGUCUGCAGCAAACACAUUCGAAACUCCACUUGCGACCCUCCGUUCUCCUAUAUCCGAAAGCUUGUCCGCUUGGUGCUGGGCAGCCUUUCCCAGCUGGAUGGUUUGGUGACUGACAGAGAGUCUCUUCCUGAGCGGAGCAAGGAAAUUCGGGAGAGGCUGAGGGGGAAAGGCUUGCCUUCAGGAAGGAGUGCAGCCCCCAGGGUGCUGGAGCGCUACCGGGCCAGGACUCAGGAGCAGAGCUCUCUCAACCGGGUCCUCAGUCGCUCCAUGGGCUCCCUGUCGGUGCAAGACAUCAUAAGGGGGGAUGAAGGGGCUGGGCUGCAGUAUCCCAACUGGGACUCUCACCCCGACUCUGAAUGCCCCGGCGAGAUGUGCCCCACGCUUGUCUCACUCCAGCACCAGCACUCCUACCCCUACCUGCACCCCCUUCAUCCCCAGCAAAAAGGGCGACCCGUGGAACUGGACCGCAGGUCUUUACCGUUCUACAGCGCAGACCUGAGGGGGGCUCAAACCAGGAAGUCCUGGGCUUCCUCCGUGGACUUGGCCUGCAUCGACCCCGAAGCCCUUCGCUUCGGAGCCUUGGAGGACGCGCGCAGAGGCAGCAAUGCUUUAAGCACACAAACUAUCGGCAGGAUCAAAUCGCCAUUCAGCGCAUCCAGAGAGAGGGACUAUCGCUACUUUGAGUUUGGUGGGCUAAAGAGCCGGAAUGCCCAUCACCUCUCUACCCCGUCAGUCGGCUCAGGCCUGCCAGGUGCCUAUGACCGCAUCAAGGAGCGGCAGAGGAAACUGCAGAUGCUGCGACAAGCGGUGGAUGAACCGAGUCUCACCCACCACCGGCACCACAGCGAUUACAGUUCCUCCAGUGAAAGCCCCUCUGUUGCCUCCUCUGAUCCUGACUACAGGCAAGGGAAGAAAACGACUGACACGAGACGAUUCGGCUCUCAGCUGGCACUCUCCUCAGAACACGACUCCCUGUCCCUGACCAGUCACAACACGCAGAGGCACAGGCAGUAUGAAGGAGCAGCUAAUGAAGGUCUGGCAGGAGCUGAGCUGCUCCUCCAGAAGCAAGAGGAGGAGGUGCAGCGUCUGCAGGCUCACCUGGCCAACAGGUUGUCCCGAGCGAACAUCUACACCUUGGAUGACCCCCUGGCUCCUUCUCGCACUUCCAUGCUGGACCUUCAGGACCCGCGGUACACUUCUUCAAUGCCACUCCCUAAACCCAAGCAAUUCCAUGGACCAGAGUUUGUGAAGAUGGCCAGUGAGCCCAGCGUUACUCUCAGUGUUCCCUCUUCCAUAAUGAAGCGUAAAGGUGAGGAAGUGCAGAGGAAGGUGGGCGUGGUGUUGCUGAGUGGCCAGAAACUGGAGCUGAGUUGUGACGUCAAGGCCACAUGUAAAGAUGCGCUGGAUAUGAUCAUCGCCUACGUUGGCCUGGUAGAACGUCAUCUGUUUGGCCUAGCUUACAUCACAGAUGACGAGUUUUUCUUCGUUAAUCCCGAUGUUAAACUGUCCAAAGUAGCGCCCGAGACUUGGAAGAAGAAAUCUGACGUGACUUUUAGCCUUUUCCUACGCAUCAAGUUUUUCCUUGAUGACGUCAACCUAAUUCAACAUGCUAUGACCAAACAUCAGUACUAUCUACAGCUGAGAAAGGACAUCCUGGAGGAAAGGAUGCGCUGCGACAUGCAAAAUGCCAUCUUGUUGGCCUCUUUAGGGCUACAGGCAGAGUUUGGUGACUACCAACCAGAGCUCCGCGGGAAGACGUACUUUCGAGUGGAACACUACCUGCCUGUGUCAGUCAUGGACAAAAUAGACCAGACGACCAUCAAGGAGGAGCUGCCGAAACGUCACAGCAACUGCUACGGAGCAUCAGAGUCAGAGGCUGAGUUUGAGUUCCUCAAGAUGAGCCAGAGGCUGACCGAAUACGGGGUACAUUUCCACCGUGUUCUCCCUGAGAAGAGGUCACAGACUGGCAUCAUGCUGGGCGUCUAUUCCAAAGGUGUUCUCAUCUUUGAGGUCCUGAAUGGAAAUCGAACCCCAGUGCUAAGGUUCCCCUGGAGGGAAACAAAGAAGAUUUCAUUCACUAAAAAGAAGAUUUGCCUUCAAAACACAUCCGAUGGAAUCAAGCAUGUUUUCCAAACGGACAGUAGCAACACUUGUCAAUAUCUGCUACAGCUCUGCUCUGACCACCACAAGUUCCACCAGCAGAUGAGGGCCCUUCAAAACAACCAGGAGCUCCAAUACCUCGUGAACAGCCCCCUGACUGGCUUGCAGUAUUCCACCGAUCGUCAGGGUGCAGUGAGCUCAGGCAGCCUCGCCCCUGACCUGUCCACGCACCCCAACCCAGUGCACCUGAAGAGGAUCUCCUAUUCCGAGGCGGCACUCAACAAGGUGCCAUCCGGCUCUGUCUUGAUCCAGGACCAGUUUAACUUUCCGGGGUUCCAUCCAGUGAAGGUGCACCCUAAUCCUCGCGCCAUGAGCCGCUCCUUGCACAACCUCGGACAGACACCGAAGGCUUCCGAGCAGAGCGCUGCAGAGCCGUAUAGUGAUGCACUGGCUCGGAUACUACCCAGCCAGCGUGCCAGUUCGGACACAGACUCUCUCUCGCACCAGACCAACACUCCAGCUUGGGGUCACUUUGAGGCCAAAAGAGAUUCAGACUCCUCUUCCAUCGAAGACACAGGCCAGGCUUAUGUGAUGGGUGUCAGUAUGCACAGCUCCUCUGGGCUACGGUCCACCCCAACCUCUGCCAGUGAUUCCCUGAAGAAAAAAGUCAAUGCUUUGCCAUCUCCAGAGAGACAAAUCACUUCUGUAAGCCUGAAGAAAGAUGUGAAAUAUGGCCUCGGGUUCCAGGUGGUGGGUGGGGAGAACCCUGGUCGCACUGACAUGGGUACCAUCAUCAGCUCUGUCACCCCUGGGGGUCCCGCUGAUGUUGACGGUUACCUCAAACCCGGGGAUCGCCUGAUCGCCGUCAACGACCUGAACCUGGAAGGGCUCUCUCACGCCGCAACCAUUGAAGUGCUCCAGAACGCGCCUGAUGAUGUCGCACUGGUGGUGUCGCAGCCCAAAGAGAGACUCUACAAAGAAUCUUCAUCUGACUCUUCUCCAACCAAGACCAAGUCUACACUGGCGGCAUUCAAGUCCACUCAGCGAGAACUGGAAGUUCCCUUGGCGGAACGCACAGCAACAAUGAGAUCCAGCCCUCCAGCCACCCGUCACCCGCCUUCACCCACCAUCCCUUCCCGGCAAAGUUCUCAAUCCUCUCACGAAAUGAUGAGUAGCAUUCCAACCAUCAUCCUGCCAGCUUCUAGCCAAGUGAAGCAGUGCCUGGAAAGGGCAACCACCGCGCUCGAAUCCCAAGAUUCGUCCUUGGAUCCUCCACCGCCGGCGUUGCCUCCCAAAACCCGGAAGACAAAACUCUUAGAAGCUCCCAAGUUUUCAGAGUGUUCCGACGGUGGAGAUUCGGACAUGGAUGAGGAGAGUCACUCCAAAAGUCAGGAGAAACAAAUGGUCGAUAAGGACUACCACAGGGAACAUUUAAAUGGUAAUGCCUCAGGUGUCAGUAGCCUCCGGCCCGGAGAGUUAUUUGACAUUGAGCUGUCGAAAAAAGACAGCAGCCUGGGCAUAAGUGUCACGGUACUGUUCGGCAAGGGGGGAGUGAACACCACCAUUCAGCAUGGCGGCAUCUACGUCAAGGCCAUCAUUCCCAAAGGAGCUGCAGACCUUGAUGGGAGGAUACAUAGAGGGGACCGUGUGGUGGCCGUCGACGGAAAGUCACUAGAGGGCGCCUCUCACCAGCAGGCAGUUGACUCUCUCAGAGACACAGGGCAGGCGGUGAAUUUGUUGCUCGAGAGGGGUCAUCCACUUACGGAAAGGAUCCACGCGCCCGUCACUCCUCAGUGCACACCGCUGCACUCCAGCAACAGCAGCAUCCGAGAGCCAAGCAAGAGUAAAGUGAUGCCACGGGAGCUCAAAGACAAGCCAGAGUACAGCUUUUUAACUCCAGACAAUGUAUUUGAGGUGUGCCUGCUGAAGAACGCCUCAGGACUGGGCUUCAGCUUCAGUAGGGAGGAGUAUAUCCCAGACGAGGGUCCGAGCUCCAGUCUGGUGCGCGUGAAGAAGUUGUUCCCUGGUCAGCCGGCUGCGGAGAGCGGCCGCAUCAACAUGGGCGAUGUCAUCAUCCACGUCAAUCAAACGCCCCUAAAAGGACUCUCGCAGCAUGAGGUAAUAUCAGCCUUGCGAGGAACAGGACGGAAAGUGACGUUGCGCCUCUGUAGACCGGAACGGGGUGUUCUGCCAGAGUUGGACUCUUCAGCUUUGACACCCAACCCGUCACCCCGUAAAGAGCCGCUCAACCCAGCCAAGCUUGAUGUGGCGAGGACCAAAUGUUGCCCUCCACAGGAUGACAAGAGGAGUCAGGGCAGUGUGGAAGAAGCCCUGGAGAGACUGCGGCUCAAAUCCAGCGACAGCACUGAGGACUUCCAGGAGAGGCCGCAUCCUAACUCUGACAGCGUGGAAGACAUCCUGGAAAGAUUGCAAGUCAAGAGCCCCGGCCGCCGCAAUAGCUACAGCGACAGCACGGACGGCGAUGAGGAGGUUGAGGAGGCGUUUAGCCCAAGCGCCCUGGAGCACAGCGGGCAGACGUGGGAGCACAGCAUCUACCAGACACCCAGCGGCAGCAGCUUGGGACUCGGAUCCCACGCCAACAGCGGUCAGCUGGAUGACAGCAUCCAUUCCACCUUCUACUCGCCGCAGAUCGCCAUGACCAGACUGGAACAAAGCAAGAGAAAUCAAGAGUCUUCCCUCCGCCUGGCGUCCUCCCACUCCGCUCCGAGUCCAGAUCCCCUUCCUCCUCCUCUGCCAAUGCCUUUAAACCUCUCUGUGCCCGCAAAUAGACCAGAGAUCGCCGAGCUUGUCCCGGAAGUGGAGCUAAAGGUCUCACUAAUUAAGUCUGAAAAGGGCAGCCUGGGCUUCACGCUGACCAAAGGCAGCGAUCACAGUUGUUACAUCCAUGACAUUGUCCAAGAUCCAGCCAAAAGUGACGGACGGCUCAGGCCAGGUGACAGAAUGAUUAAGGUGAACCAGACAGACGUGAGCAGCAUGGGGCACACCGAAGUGGUGGAACUUGUGCGUGCAGAGCCUCGGCUGGUGGAGUUGGUGGUGGGCAGGGUGUUGGAUGGCCCCAGGCCUUAUAUUGAUGCCCACCUGCUGCCCGACAUCUGCUUCAGAGACAUCCACAAACCACUUGGUCUGGUGUUGGACUGCGGUCGGGACAACAUGUAUGGGCUCGUGUUUGUGAAAGACGUCCUUGCAGGAUCGGUGGCCUUUGAAGAAGGCAGCCUGAGACCACUGGACCUCAUCCAUUACAUUAACGGCGCACCCACCCAGGACCUCACCCUCAGCGAGAAUGCCAGACUGUUGGAGCUUUCCCGCGGCGACUUAACUCUUAAAGCCACGAGGGAUGGCAAACCUGUUUAUCCUGGGAAAAUUGUGUCCUCUCUCAACAACAUCAGCUCCAAUGUAUCAUCUGGCAUCAAUGGGUUCCUCACAGCGGAAGAUCCGAUGGAAACAGAGUUUUUCACAGCUCUGUCCUCUUUAGAGGAGGAGGUGAUCAAGCUGGAGCUGGACAAGCCGCUCUCAGGAGGUCUCGGUUUCUCCGUGAUCGGGGGCGAGCGAGGCAUCUUCGUCAAGUCCAUCACAGCAGGCGGAGUCGCCGAAGCCUCGGGGAAGUUGCAAGUGGGCGACAGGUUGCUGAAAGUGAAUGAGGAGCCAAUGACGGCCGUUUCGCACACCAAAGCUGUCACCACCAUCCGCAAAGCUAAAGGCCUGGUAUGCCUGGUGGUGUCCAGGCCGCCUGACCAGAACCCGAACACCUACCUGGCCUAUCUGCCCAUCAAUGCUGAUAAUUGCAAUGGAAAUGCAGAUCUCAGUGAGGAUAGCGGGGUGAAGACCAAGUUGGGUAGUCCCCAUAACUUAGUAAAAUCUGAUUGUCCACCAUUACCGCCAACCGACUAUGACGAAGGUCCGCCCCAUCCCAAAAGGGAGCACAGUGCUGACCUCUCCGAGGACACAGACUACGACGGCUCCUCCUUACCCGAAGACUCACCCGAGAGUUCCCGUAAAGUUGAAUGGCUGGAGGAGAGUGUGGACACCCCCAGCAAUGAAAAUUAUCUGCAAAUGAGCGCUGGCCAGCCAGAAGACGAUGACGUCAUCACAUGGGGAAGCGAUGAGCUGCCCAUUGAAAACCUCAACUCCAAAUUCAGAAAUGAUGGGCCAAUCAUCACUGAGGACGAACUGACCUCCUUACCAUUGGUGGAAGUGGUCCCUGAUGGCCAGUACACUGGUCCCAAGCUCAACGGUGUGGUGCGCAUGAUGAAGGGGCUUCUGGACCAGAAAGUCCCCCAGCAGGAGUUUGAGAAUCUUCAAAAUCUUCAACCUCUGGACGACUGUUUGGUGGGCCAGACGAAGGAGAACAAGAGGAAGAACCGUUACAAAAACAUUGUCCCUUUCGACACAACGCGGGUGGUGCUCGGCACAAACGGCGGCUACAUUAACGCCAACCACAUCAAGAUGCACGUAAAGGACAAGGAGUUUGCAUACAUCGCCUGCCAGGGACCUUUGCCCACCACUAUGGGCGACUUCUGGCAGAUGGUUUGGGAGCAGAAGUCCAACGUGGUCGCCAUGAUGACGCAAGAGAUUGAGGGCGGCAAGGUGAAGUGCCAACGGUACUGGCCCGACUCACCGGGUACCACUGAGAUGGUGGACGAGUGCCUGCAGGUCAAGCUAGUCAAAGAUCAAUACCUGGACCACUUUGUCAUCCGACUCAUGGAGGUCAAAGACGUGACGACGGAUGAAACGCAACUGGUGACGCACCUGAACUACACGGGCUGGCCUGACCACGGGACACCGUCACAGCCCGAGCAGCUGCUCACCUUCAUCUCCUACAUGAGGCAUGUGCACCGCUCAGGCCCCAUCAUCACGCACUGCAGCGCCGGCAUCGGACGCUCUGGAACGCUUAUUUGCAUCGACGUGGUCCUCGGUCUCAUCUGCAAAGACGCUGACUUUGAUAUUUCAGAUGUGGUACGAAACAUGAGACUUCAGCGAAAGGGAAUGGUCCAGACAGAGGACCAAUAUAUCUUCUGCUACCGGGUGAUCCACUAUGUCCUGGAAUGUCUUCAAGAUGAGAAGAACAUCUCAGGAUAGUCAGUGGACACCAGCAGAAAAGGCCAAAUCACAAAACAUGUUUUUAAAAUACAGUAAAUAUUACUUCUGCCACACCCUGAGUGUCCAUUUUUUUAAAAAAGAAAUUUAUAUUUUUAUUGUAUAUUUGCUUUAUUUUUAUUUUUAGUUCCCUUCCUUUUGGCUGCCACCCCUCCCCCCUCGUGCGACGAUGACAACUGCUGAUUGUAUUCCUUAUAUUGAGCUACAAGAGAACACUAGUAUUUUAUUUUCCAGAUAAAAUGAUUACACACAUGGACCAAUGACAUAUUGUUUGUGGAACAAAAUUGUGACUAUUUUAAAUCUUGUUUGUUUGUUGAUGCUGGAACUCGCCUUGACAGAAUACUAUGUCAGUAUUUGCUUCGCUCGCUGCCUGAAGGUAAAUGAACGUAAACGUGUACAUAUUCAUCUGCUGAAAAUUAAACUGGAUACAUUUUAAUUAUUCAGAACCUUUUUUUGGGUUUGAGUCCAUUUUUUUUUUUAAAGAUAUGCAGUUUAUAUAGCCAAGAAGGCUCAUUUUCCAUUUUCUUUUACGCUUUCCCUCACUUUUAGGUCCCAGAGUCAUGUGGUAACCUAAGUACACUAGGGGCCCCAGCCAGACCCCAAAAUAAAAAAAAAAAGACACUUUUCCCGUGGGUCAAUUUUCAGCCAUUUUUUUUAGGGCACUUGUUUAUUUGAUGACAGUAAAAUGUGCUUGUAUGACAUGUACCACAGUGAGAAAGCAGUACAAAGCAGAGUGCAGCAGUUUGAUCAACAUAAUGCUUUGAUGGCUGUGAUAACACACAUGAUGUACAUUCCAGUUUAUUAGAAAUUAAACCUUAUUUUAACGGUUGUUUUCAUAAAGUGUAACCCUAAAGGGACAAGGAAUAUAUGGUAAACUUCAGUUCCAAUGGGCCCAGAUCACUAUAAGGGAGUAGAUUAACAUAAUUUCUCUGCUACAUAAGGAUAACGACAUUAAAAGGUUAAAAUUCAAUACAAUGAAGAAAAGGUGUACUAGUACACAUGCAGA